AUGGCCACUCCUGUGGUUCCUUCCAAGUCGAAUUUUUCCGGUAUUCCUCCCGCUCCUGACGAAGUCAACAGUAUCUUGAGGACCAUUCUCGACACCGAGUCCGCCCAGACCUCACUCGAUGCCUCCUACUCGCUCACGAAUCUUCUUAUUCGGUCGGUCGGAAUUCGAGCCUUACUGGGCUAUAAUUUGAUCCUUGAAAUCAAGAAGGCGGCGGGAGACAAGAAAAAUGGCUCCAAGAGGGAGAGCGCCAUGUUCAUUCUUGGGGCCAUGUUUGAACGCUUCCCUCGAGAACAACCGCUCAGCGAAGUCGUCUUCCUUGUGCAAGAUGGAGGACUUUUCAGCAUGGUCCUCGACGGAUUAGCCGACAAAGGCCCUUCUGUUCGUGAGUCGGCGCAGUAUGCUGUUGACGAGUUAUUCAAGAAUCUCGAGCCCGAAGCAAUGGUAGUCGGUCUUCUUCCAGCCUUACAACAGUACCUCUCCAAACCCACCGGCAAAUGGCAAGGAACUGUCGGCGCUUUCACCCUGCUGGGGAAAAUGGCAGACAAAGCACAAAUGGGAACGGGCACGAAAGAGGAGGAACAAGCCAAAGACGUGCUGCGAGAUUCUAUGGGCAGAACUCUCAAAGAUCUCAUCCCGAUUGUCGAGGCUGGGAUGCACGACCUCAAGGCCGAGGUCGUCAAAGCUGCGACCAAGACUAUGACAUCCCUUACCACUCUACUCCAGAACGACGACGUGGCUCCUCGAAUACCCUUGCUGAUGGACACCAUGAAAAAUCCAUCGGCACAAACCCUCCAAAAAGCCAUUCACGCCCUUUCCCAGACCACAUUCGUCGCCGUUGUAACCUCUCCGGUCCUCGCUCUCCUCACCCCAUUGCUCGAACGAUCGUUGAAUACGCCCACCACCAGCCAGGAAGUGCUGAGACAGACUGUGGUGGUCGUGGAAAACUUGACCAAGUUGGUCCAUGACCCGAUUGAAGCUAGGACCUUCCUGCCCAAAUUACAGCCAGGAGUUCAGAAAGUCAAGGACAACGCUUCCCUUCCCGAAGUGAGAGAAUUAGCCACAAGAGCGGUAAAUGUGAUGAAGAAGGCCAUGGGCGACGACAAGAGUGGAACCACCAAUGGGGAAAUUGCGAGAACGAGCACAGAUGACGUUCUCAAGGUUCUCGACGACCAGAUCCGAUCUCAAGGCGGUCUUCAAAAGGAGGACAUGGCCGUGUGGAAACGGGGCCAAACCUAUGUUUCCGAGAUGGUCAGAGAAGAUGUAAUCACACGAAUCUUCUCACGCAUCCCCAUGCGUGUUGGCCCUUAUCUGAAGUACAUGUUCCCGGAGGAAGUUUGCAAGGCGAUUGCCGAAGGCGUUCAGAAAUUCUUUAUCGAUGAAGAUCACCAGAAACACGGCGGCCCCACUGUGGAGAACAGCGAUGAGGUCGAAAUCGUCAAUGCGGACUUCUCUCUCGCCUAUGGGGGGAUGUUGUUAUUGUCUCAUACCAACCUACGACUUUUGAAAGGUCACCGAUAUGGACUUUGUGGUCGCAACGGGGCGGGCAAAUCCACGCUGAUGCGAAGUAUUGCGGAGGGCAAAUUGGAGGGUUUUCCUCCCAAGGAAGUUUUGAAGACGUGCUUCGUUGAGCACAACCAAGGGGAAGAUGCCGACAUCAGCAUUCUGGAAUUUGUGGCCAAAGAUCCCGAAAUUGCUAGCGAAGGAAAGGAACGGAUUUCGGAAGUUCUCGCUGAAGUUGGAUUUACCGCUGGCCCGGACGGAAGACAAUCCCACAAGGUCGGUUCAUUGUCAGGAGGAUGGAAGAUGAAGUUGGCAUUGGCGAGAGCCAUGCUCAUGCGUGCCGAUGUUCUCUUACUUGAUGAACCGACCAAUCAUCUUGAUGUGGCCAAUGUCAAAUGGCUCGAAGAGUACCUUCAGAGCCACUCGGAAAUCACGUCGUUGAUUGUAUCUCAUGACUCGGGAUUCCUCGAUGCGGUUUGCACCGACAUUUAUCAUUACGAGCACAAGAAACUCGUCCAUUAUCCUGGAAAUUUGGCUGCUUUCGUCCAAGUUAAACCCGAAGGCAAGAGUUAUUAUACUCUCUCUGCCACACAAGUGCAGUUCAAAUUCCCUCCUCCAGGCAUUCUCACGGGCGUGAAAUCCAAUACUCGGUCCAUCAUUCGCAUGACCAAUGUCCGCUACACCUAUCCCGGUGCAUCGAAGCCCAGUUUGCAAGAUGUGUCCUGCCAAUUAAGCUUGUCAUCUCGAGUCGCCAUCAUCGGAGCCAACGGUGCAGGAAAAUCGACCUUGAUCAAACUGUUGACGGGCGAACUUAUCCCUCAAAACGGCAAGGUGGAGAAGCAUCCCAAUUUGCGAAUUGGUUAUAUCAAACAGCACGCUCUUGAACAUGUCGAAAUGCACCUCGAAAAGACUCCGAAUCAGUAUCUUCAAUGGAGAUAUGCCAAUGGAGAUGAUCGGGAAGUGUUGAUGAAAGCGACUCGCGUGCUCACCGACGAGGACAAAGCACAGAUGGAGAAGUGGAUCGACCUCGGAGAUGGUAAACCGGCCCGACAGGUGGAGAACUUGAUGGGUCGACAAAAGUACAAGAAAACGUUCCAGUAUGAAGUCAAGUGGCGGGGAAUGUUACCCAAGUUUAACACUCAAGUGUCACGAGAGACACUCUUGGAAUGGGGGUUCCAGAAACUGGUCCAAGAAUUUGACGACCAUGAAGCAUCUCGAGAAGGUUUGGGGUACCGAAUCCUCGAACCCAAGGUGAUUGCCAAGCAUUUUGAAGACGUCGGAUUGGAUCCUGAAAUUGCCAACCACAACGAAAUCUCGGGUUUGAGUGGUGGACAGAAGGUCAAAGUGGUGUUGGCCGGGGCCAUGUGGAACAAUCCCCAUCUACUGGUCCUGGACGAACCGACCAACUUUUUGGACCGAGAUUCAUUGGGUGGUCUGGCAGUGGCCAUCCGUGACUACAAGGGGGGUGUUGUCAUGAUCAGUCACAAUGAAGAAUUCGUGGGGGCUUUGUGUCCGGAACAAUGGCAUGUUGCCGAUGGAAGAGUGACACACAAGGGCCAUCUUGCCAUCGAUCUCAACCGAUUCGAAGACUCGAGACCGGGUUCAAGCAACGUCAGCUCGACGGUUUCAAGUGCGACUGCAUCAGCGGUCAACUCGGGAGCUGAAGACAAUAGCGAGAUGAAAUUCAAAGCGAAAAAGAAGAAGAAGUUGACCCGAGCACAAUUGAAGGAGAGAGAAGUUCGACGAAGAUUGAGACAUAUUGAAUGGUUGAAUAGUCCCAAGGGGACACCACAUCCACCAGAUACGGAUGAUGAGGCAUGA